AUGGCCCUUGGUGACAGUAUCCCAGCAAUAGGGGCAUUCACCCUUGCCGAGGCGUAUUUCCUCCAACGAACUAUCUUGACCAACAAUACCUUCCAAAGAAUCUGUCUCAUCGCACUUGUAGUAAACAUCCUCCUAAAAGCCUUCUACAGCGUAAUAAUAUGGCCCUUCUUACUAAAUCCGAUGCGGCAUCUACCAAAAGUCCAGGGCUCACAUAUAGAACUCAUCUUCGACUCGCCACGAGGAACAAAACCCCUCCAGUGGAUGAAAACCGUCCCAAAUGAAGGGCUGAUUCAUAUGCGUGACACAUUCAACCAAAGUUAUGUGAUCCCAACCAACCAUCAGGCCUUGUUAGAUGUGAUGAGCACAAACACAUACGAUUUCGAGAAGCCAUGGCGCAUGCGUAACUUCCUCGCCCGGAUCAUCGGAUUCGGGAUGAUUACCUCGGAAGGUGCAAUGCACAAGAAGCAGCGUAAAGCACUCACGCCCGCCUUUAAUAUUAAGAAUAUCCGCUCGAUGUAUUCACUCAUGUGGAGCAAGACCGGACAGUUAUUGGAUGAACUGGAGAAGGAGAUCAAGAUGAGCCCAAUGGAUGGAACGAGCCCAGAGGACCAGGAGGGUAAAAUUGAGAUGGCUGAAUGGGCGAGCCGUCUCACACUCGAUAUAAUAGGGCCUAUAGCAAUGGGGCGUGACUUUGGCUCCUUGCAUAACAAACGAAACAAAGUGGCCGACAGCUUCGCAAAGAUCCUCGAGCCAACCAAGGAGAAGAUGGCGUUCCUAGUAAUGAAUUUUGCAUUGCCGCAGUGGAUGGCGAGGCGUGUGCCGUGGCGGAUGAACGAUGUACUGAAUACUGAGACGGCGUAUCUGCGCAGUACAUGUGAUGAGAUUGUGCGCGAGAAGCGAGCUAGUCUUGCUGAUUCCAAGAUUUCAGCUCAGGACCUGGAGGCUGAUAUCCUGGGGACGAUGAUGCUUGGCGGGGAUUUUUCGGAUACGGAGUUGGUGGAUCAGAUGUUGACAUUUUUGGCUGCUGGACACGAAACCACCGCCAGCGCCUUAACCUGGGCUUGCUACCUCCUCCAUCUCCAUCCAGAAUACCAAACCCGCCUCCGCGAUGAAAUCCGCUCCAAAAUCCCAUCAGGAAACAGCCCGAUCACUUACCAAGACCUCGAAUCCCUCCCUUUGCUAAACGGCGUCUGUCAAGAAGUCCUCCGCCUCUACCCAACAGUCCCAACAACAAUACGUGAAUCGGUCCGCAACACCGUUGUGGCAGGAAAGUACAUCCCGAAGGGUACCCGGGUCGUGUUAUGUCCGUGGGCAAUUAAUCGGAGCCCACUUUUCUGGGGCGAGAAUGGGGAAGAAUUCUUUCCUGAGCGUUGGAUCGAUACGGACAAGAACGAACACUGUAUCCCGAACAAUAAUGGUGGAGCAUCGACAAAUUUUGCGCAGAUUACGUUCCUGCACGGACAGAGAUCGUGUAUUGGGAAGGACUUUGCGCGUGCGGAGUUGCGGUGUGCAGUUGCUGGCGUUGUUGGACGGUUUGUGUUUGAGAUGCAGGACCCCAAGCAGGUGAUUCAUGUUGCAGGGGCUGUUACUAUUAAGCCAGUUGAGGGAAUGCAUUUGAGGAUGCGGAGGGUUGAUGAGUGGUAG